GAUCCCUGGACGGAAGGAUGGCGGCCCUGGCCCGUCUGCUGGAGCGUCUGCUCCGGCGGGCUUCUAAGGAAGAGGGGGCGGAGAAGGAAGAUGAGGAGGACCCGGUGGAGGAGGAGAGGUGGGGCCGGGACCCCGACUGGCCCCAGUCUCGUCCCGCGGUGCCGCGAUGCUCGCAGCGGCCACACGGGGGUGCGGCGCCGUCGUGGGGCCUGCGCUUCGGGGCGAGCGCGGCGCAGGGCUGGCGCGCGCGCAUGGAGGACGCGCACUGCGCCUGGCUCUGCAUCCCCGGGCUGCCUCCGGGCUGGGCUUUCUUCGCCGUCCUCGACGGCCACGGCGGGGCUCGAGCAGCUCGCUUUGGCGCUCGACACCUGCCGGGUCACGUGUUCCGAGAGCUGGGCUCGGCUCCCCGGGAGCCGGAGGGCGUGCGGGCGGCGCUGCGCCGAGCCUUCCUGAGCGCUGACCAGCGCCUCCGCGCGCUCUGGCCUCGGGGGGACCCCGGGGGCUCCACGGCGCUGGCCUUGCUGGUCUCCCCGCGAUUUCUCUACCUGGCUCACUGCGGCGAUUCCCGAGCCGUGCUGAGCCGCGCCGGCACCGUGGCUUUCAGCACCGAGGACCAUCGUCCCUUCCGGCCCCGGGAACGCGAGCGCAUCUACGACGCCGGAGGCACCAUCCGCCGCCGGCGCGUCGAGGGCUCUCUGGCGGUGUCGCGAGCACUAGGCGAUUUUGCUUACAAAGCAGCGCCCGGGAGACCCCCAGAGCUGCAGCUGGUGUCGGCAGAGCCCGAGGUGGCUGCGCUGGCACGGCGGAGUGAGGAUGAGUUCGUGCUCCUGGCCUCCGAUGGCGUGUGGGACGCGAUGUCCGCGGCUGCCCUGGCGGGGCUGGUGAGCUCGCGCCUCCACCUGGGCCUGGCCCCGGAGCUGCUCUGCGCGCAGCUGCUGGACACGUGCCUGUGCAAGGGCAGCCUAGACAACAUGACCUGCAUUCUGGUCUGCUUCCCAGGGGCUCCCAGGCCCUGCGAGGAUGCCAUUCGGAGGGAGCGGGCUCUGGAUGAAGCACUGGGCCAAAGAGUCGCUGCUCUGUACACCUCUGCGCAGAAGCCCCCCAGCCUAAAUUCGGUUUUCAGGACCCUGGUCUCUGAGGACAUUGUGGAUUUACCUCCUGGGGGAGGGCUGCAUUGCAAGGUGGCCAUCAUUGCAGAAGCUUAUUCUCAACUCUGCCAGGCCUCAGAGGAGCGCUCAGAGAAGAGACAGGGUGGGUCUGGAAAGGUCACUGGCUCCCGCUACAACUCAGACUUGGACGCUUGA